AAAAGCUGUACUCUUUUUUUUCCUUUGGUGGGUUUAAUAUUAGUUUAUGUAUUUGAGUAUUUGAGUAUUUGUUAAUAGUAAACUAGAGAAUUUUCAAGCUCUCCGUGUCUGCCAACAAGUAGGAGCUGUUAACCCAAUUUGAAGGGAUCACGAUUUGAAGCUGGAUUAGUCAUCAAGGAUCAGCCAGGUGGGUUUCAUCAGGUUGUGUUUGUUCAGUUUGGAGCUUAAAGAUUUGAUCUUUGGGUGUUUUGCUGAGAAUUUGAUGAGUUUGGCAAUCUGGGCCAUCAGAAAGUAGGAGUCUUUACUGUGGACAAUUAUGAGUUGCAAAUGCUUUGGUGGUGCAAUUUUAGAUAGGAAAAGGAGUAGUUCUGGUCAGACUAGCCAUGGUUUUGAUGGUAAUUUGCCGGAAAAUGUUAGAAGUUUCUCUUACAAUGAAUUGAGAUCGGCCACCAAUAAUUUUCAUGCGAGCAAUAAGAUAGGGCGAGGAGGUUUUGGAAUUGUGUACAAGGGAACCCUAAAAAAUGGAACUCAAGUUGCUGUGAAGACACUUUCUGCUAGGUCGAAACAGGGAGUCCGUGAAUUCUUAAAUGAGAUUAACACUAUAUCAAAUGUCCGACAUCCAAACCUUGUUGAGUUGAUUGGGUGCUGUGUUCAAGGAGCUGACCGCAUUUUGGUCUAUGAAUAUGUUGAGAAUAACAGCCUUGAUCGUGCAUUAUUAGGUGCAAGGAAUGAAACCAUCAAAUUGGAUUGGGAAAAAAGAAAAGCCAUUUGCUUGGGGGUUGCUAGGGCUCUUACAUUUCUUCAUGAAGAACUGCAGCCCCAUAUUGUCCACAGAGAUAUCAAAGCUAGUAAUAUACUCCUUGACAGAGAUUUAAAUGCAAAGAUUGGAGACUUUGGCUUGGCUAAACUUUUCCCAGAUAAUAUCACUCAUAUUAGCACCAGGAUUGCAGGAACAACAGGUUAUUUGGCACCAGAAUAUGCAUUGGGCGGUCAAUUAACCAUGAAGGCCGAUGUUUACAGUUUCGGCGUUCUCAUACUUGAAAUAGUUGGUGGCAGAGGCAGUGCCAAGGAAAACUGGGGAGGGACAGAAAAGUUUCUCCUUGAAUGGGCAUGGCAACUCCACGAAGAAGGGAGACUAUUGGAGUUAGUUGACCCAGAACUGGAAGAUUAUCCUGAGGAAGAAGUCCUUAGGUACAUGAAGGUGGCAUUUUUCUGCACUCAAGCUGCAUCAAGCCGUAGACCACUGAUGAGCCAGGUCCUUGAGAUGCUCUCGAGAAACAUCAGGCUGAACGAGAAGCAACUUACAGCCCCGGGUUUCUUCAACAACUCAGGGGGGCUCGGAGCAUCCUCUUCGAGUAAAAAAUCAGGUGCAGACUCAACUACCUACGUUAUGAGUUCUGUCCCCGACACUAUUACUCAAGUGACGCCACGGUGAAGAGCAAUGGCUAUUGCAAUUUAGAAGCAAAAUUGCAAGUCCAGCACAAAUCGUGACACUAAGAAAGAGAGAUGUGCCUAAAGCCGCAUGCAAGCAAACUGCGCACGUUUGUGGUGCUAUUAGCCCAUAGAAUUGUUUUCUACAUGUCUCAUUUUUUAGCUAUUUUGCAAAUGGAGAGGAUGUAUUAUUCGAACUAGUGGAUCAGUUGGAUUAGGUUAGUCUGGUGGUGAAUUCUUUUUUCCCUGAUUUUAUUAGGGUUGUAUUAUUACUUCUCGAGCGUACAAUGAAGAGAAAAAUGUUGUAUAGUAAGUCAGUGAUUACUGAUUUCGAUUUAGUGAAAGUUUCAGUUACAGAACCACAGAAGUUGUAUCAUUCCAAUU